CUAGACACAAGUGAAGUUCCUUAUCACGUACUAGUAUACGUAUUUUGUGAUUAGAAAGAUGGAUAAAGAUAUUGAUUACUUAUUCAAACUGGUUAUAGUCGGUGACGCUGCCGUGGGCAAAUCAUCACUAGUAAUGAGAUUUGCUGAUGAUAUCUAUAAAGAAGAUUAUUCUGUCACUAUUUUGGAUUUUAAAAUUCGAACAAUUGAAAUGGAUGGCAAGAUUAUCAAAUUGCAAAUUUGGGACACAGCAGGAUGUGAAAGAUUUCGAUGUUUGUCUCCUACCUAUUACCGAGGAGCUCAUGGAGUUAUUCUUGUUUACGACUGUACGAAAGAAAAUACUUUUAACAAUAUCCAAGAAUGGCUUAAGGAUAUUGAAUACCAUGCAGGGGGCAGUAUCAACAAGUUGCUUGUUGGAAAUAAAAAUGAUUUAACUACAAAGAAAGUUGUUGAUACUUCUACUGCCACUAAUUACGCUAAGAAAUUGGGAAUAACUUUUUUGGAAACUUCUGCUAAAAAUGCAACAAAUGUGGAACAAGCCUUUAUGACGAUGAUAGCACAAAUUAAAAAUAAAUUAGAACCACUGUUGGUUGCAUCUAAUACUUGUACCGAGACUUCUAUAAAAUUAACUAACACCAAGCCCGUAGACACAAGUUGUGGGUAUUGCUGAUUUAUGAAAAUUUAAAUUAAAAGAGAUUGCCAAGAAACAUUGGUAAUUUACCAAUCCAGCCAGCUAGCGUUUCCAACCUCAAUAUGAAUGUGAUAAUAAUAUAGAGUAUAGAGUUUAAGCAUGUAUUUUUUCUAAAAAUAAUUUUCUAUGGAAAAUGAAUUUAAUUUUAUUUCAAAUACAGCAAUAUACU